AUGCAUCACAGUCGCAGAAAGUCGGGCAACACCUCCAUGACGGAGAAGACCGUCACCGCAACUGAUCCCACUCGCUACGGCAAGCGCCCGACAACACUCUCCAGACGCCAAACACCCGUUACUGCACAAAAGCUCGGCAAGAACCCCAGGGAACGCGAACGCGAAUGGCAGGACUCGUGGGACGAUGACCGGGAAAGCUUCCCUCAGUUCUGCAUGACAUGCGAGAAGCAAUUCGUGCCCCAGGACGUCAAAACCCUGUACUGCUCAGAAGCGUGCCGCCAACAUGACCAGCAGAGCGUGUCAACAGCGAGCAGGAGUCACAGCCUGGCGCACGCGGGUCACUACCCCUUCUAUGCUGCAAACAACCCCGAACCCAGAGACAUUGUCCCUCGCGCGUCGCCAUCGAGGCCCAACUCGAUGCACUUCUCCCCGCCCACGACACCAGGUGCCACCAGCGGUGCUCAGUACUCCUCCGCCAUCUCCGCCUUGAGGUCGCUCAGCAUCCGCCCUCCCAGCCCGCCAUCGCCCUCGACGUCUCACCCGGGCCUGUGGCCCUUCAACAAGAGCAGCGCCGCCAGCCCCAGCUCCUCCUACAACCGCAGUGGCAGUGGCUUCUUCCCCGCAACCUACGACGGCGGUUACGCUUCCACCGGGUACGCCUACAACUACAGCUCCAGCGGCAUGGAUCGGCCGCUGCCGACGCGGAGACCCACUGGCCCGGGUUACUCUAGGCCGAAAAGCAUCGAGUUGGUGACCCCCAUGGUCGGUCGCUAA